AAGCAGUUGAAAUAUCGCAACAGCCUUUAGAUGCAGGCCGUGCAAUCCAGCCUAGAACACUUUAACGGCCCACAAUUCGUCAGCCCAGCCCGCGUCCUCGUACUCUCGCAAAGAUAUCUCCUCCCUCGCGCUCAUCGCCACAUCGCCCACUUCGCCGUCGCUUCUUGCUACCACUCUCAUCUCGUCGCUGGCGAUAACCGCCGUUUCCAAGACGCAAACCCCGCCGCCGUCUCCAUGACUCCUGCAAACCCCGCCCCGCUUCUCUCGUCCCGCCCCAACCCCUUCCACCUGCCAACCCGCCGCCACCGGUGCCCCCACCCGCCCCCGGCCGCCAACACCACCGGCGCCGCCUCGUCGCCGGACUGGUUCCGCCCCCGCGGGACGCCCGAUACAGACCCCUCCACCUCCGGCGGCCGCGUCGCAGCGCGUGACCCUGGCGUGCGCGUCGAAGCCAAGGAGGGCGCCGAUGGAAAGAAAGAGGGAAGAAGGAGGAGGUGGUGGGAGCGGUGGUCCGGGGACAAGGAGAGCUACCUGGUCGACGACGUGGAGCCAUUACCGCUCCCCAUGACCAUUCCGGGGACCAAGCCGAUGUCGCGGGAGGAGCUCGACAGCCGCCUCAACUGCGACGUGGAGAUCGAGGAUUGCAAGACUGUUUCGUACGAGUGGACGGGCAAGUGCCGGAGCUGCCAGGGGACGGGACUGGUGAGCUACUUCAGGAAGAAGGGGAAGGAAACCAUCUGCAAGUGCGUGCCAUGCGCGGGCAUUGGUUAUGUAAGGAAAAUUACAUUUCGCGAAGACAUUCAAAAGAUGGACGAACUAGACAAUGGCAAACCACCAUAAUUUGAAGGGAUUGCAGUCGUUUGGCGGCUGUAAUUUUAUAACUGCUGCAGAAUAGCUUGUGCUUGCAACCUUCGACAAAUUAACCUACGAUUCUUUCCACUGCCCAAUUUAUGGUUCAGGCACGAUACAUGGAGGGGUUGCCAUUCUUUAAGCAUUGUAAACUUAUCAAUUGUGCCUAAUAACUUUAUCCUUUUGUUUUUCA